AAGAAGCAUCAAAUUAUAAGUAUAAAAAGAAGCCUUUGGUAGGGGAUAGAAAAGAAGAAAAAAAGAAAGGAAUUUAUUAGUGUCACAAUUUGAAGAAAAAGAAAAAGAAAAAUGGAGUUGAAUUUGAAGCCAAUGGAUCCUUCAAAUUUCUUUACGGGAGAAGGUGGAUCCUUCCAUAAAUGGUUCCCUUCCGAUUUUCCGAUCAUUUCUCAGACUAAAGUCGGCGCCGGAAGACUCCUUCUCCAUCCACGUGGUUUUGCGGUUCCUCAUAACUCUGAUUCCUCCAAAGUUGGCUACGUUCUUCAAGGUAGCGGAGUAGCCGGAAUUAUAUUUCCAUGCAAAUCUGAGGAAGCAGCGGUGAGACUAAAGAAAGGAGACGUAAUUCCAGUGCCGGAGGGAGUCACCUCUUGGUGGUUUAACGACGGAGACUCCGAUUUCGAAGUCCUUCUCGUCGGCGACACCCGAAACGCUCUCAUUCCCGGUGACAUCACCUACGUUGUCUUUGCUGGACCCCUCGGAGUCCUACAAGGCUUCUCGUCGGACUACAUUGAAAAAGUGUACGAUCUAACCGAAAAGGAAAGAGAGGUACUUCUCAAAAGCCAACCCAACGGCCUAAUAUUCAAGCUCAAAGAUGACCAAACCUUACCCGAGCCCGACUGCCACAGCGAUCUUGUUUUCAACAUAUACCACACCGCUCCCGAUGCCGUAGUCAAGGGUGGUGGGUCGGUGACUGUCCUAACGGAAGAGAAGUUUCCAUUUAUUGGGAAAUCUGGGCUGACGGCAGUUCUUGAGAAGCUUGAGGCCAAUGCCGUGCGAUCGCCGGUGUAUGUUGCCGACCCUUCGGUGCAGCUGAUAUAUGUAGCGAGCGGGUCGGGUCGGGUUCAGAUUGCUGAGACGUUUAUGCGUUAUCAAAUUGAUGCGGAAGUGAAAGCGGGACAGUUGGUUUUGGUUCCAAAGUACUUUGCCGUCGGAAAAAUGGCCGGAGAAGAAGGAUUGGAGUGCUUCACUAUUAUCACCACCACACACCCUCUGUUAGAAGAGUUGGGAGGAAAGACAUCAAUUUUUGGGGCAUUUUCACCCCAAGUUUUUGAAGCUUCUUUCAAUCUCACAGCUCAUUUUGAGAAGCUUUUCAGAUCAAAGAUAACAAAAUCUUCACCCUUGGUUCCUCCCUCAGAUAGUUGAACUGUUAAUUCUACUAAGGAGCGAGAGGGAGAAAUUUCACAUCAUAAUGUUUGGACGUAACCUUUUGUACUUUAAAUUAGUAAAUUUGGUUUCUACAAUAAAAUCAUGUUAUUGAUCUGUGUGUACUAUUAAAUCCAUAAGUUACCUAUCCACUUUCUUCAAUAAAGCAUGUGCCCUUCUUAUUUUCAAA